CACCAGGGAAGCCGCGUGACUUCUACUUUGACCAUCAUCCUGGGAGAGCCCCUGCCUCAGAAGGGGAACGAGGAGUAUCUCAGGAGCAUCUUCAAGCCGAAGGUUCAGUCGGGAAUAUCACAAGCUGGGAGCUGCAGUAUAUGAGUAUUUGUGUUGGGGACCCCUCACAGGCAUCUUCAGAAAAUCAGACACCCUUGAUUUGCGUGCUCAGUGCUUGGAUUGGCUGUGAGUGAAAUCCCGAGACUCCUGGCGACUGAGUUGUUGACAAUGGAGCCUCUGGAAUCAGUGACGUUUGAAGAUGUAGCGAUCAACUUCACCCAGGAAGAGUGGGCCCUGCUGGACACAUCCCAGAAAACCCUGUUCAGAAACGUGAUGCUGGAAAAUAUCACCCACCUGGUCUCCGUAGGGUAUCAGAUCAGCAAAUCAGAUGUGAUUUCCCAGCUCGAACAAGGAAAAGAGCUGUGGAGUGAAGCAACAGGAUGCCUCCAAGGCCAGAGUCCAGAUGGUGAAAGUCCGCUUAGACGAGAAAUGAUAUUCACGCAAAGUGUCUACAGGAAGCACAUAUCUCACACCAUGUCAAUGGUUUCUCACACACAAGGGGAUCCUGUUGGAUGGACUGAUUUGAGUGAUGAAUUUACUCCUAGAUCUUCACCUCAACAUUCACCAAUUCCCUUAAGAAGGAAAAGUAAUGUCAGCAAACAGCAUGGAAAAUCACUUAGUCAAGGGUCAUUCCUUGAUGGACAGGAUCACAUUCACACUAGAGCUAAAUCGUUUGAAUGUCCUCUAUGUGGGAAAGCCUUUAGUACUGGCUUUAGGCUCAGGCAACACAAGAUGAUUCACACUGAAGAGAAACCAUAUAAAUGUCAUGUGUGUGGGAAAGUCUUCAAUCAAAGUUCCCUCGUGAAACGACAUGAGAAAACUCACACAGGAGAGAAGCCAUAUGAAUGCUGUCUAUGUAAGAAAACUUUCAGUCAAAUCUCUUACCUUAGAAAACAUGAGAAAAUCCAUCCCAGAGAGAAGCCCUAUGAAUGUCAUCUGUGUGGGAAAACCUUUAAUCAACGUUCUGGACUUCGCACACACAACAAAAUCCACACUGGAGAGAAACCACAUGUAUGUCUUCUGUGUGGGAAGGCCUUCACUCAAACUUCUGAACUGACUCGGCACAUAAGGACCCACACAGGAGAGAAACCCUAUGAAUGUCAGCGGUGUGGGAAUGCCUUCAGUCAGCAUGCAAACCUGAGAAGACAUGAGAGAACCCACACUGGAGAGAGGCCCUAUGAAUGUCAGUGGUGUGGGAAAUGCUUCAGUCGUGGCUCUUCCCUGAGACGACAUGAGGGAACCCAGCACUGGAGAGAAAGUCAGGAGGGCCCUCAGUAGACGUCCUGACCUGAGAUGACAUGGCGUCAUACAUGUGAGGAAUGUGGAUGGAACACCAGCAUAGCUUUAGCAUUUAACCAUACCAAGGUUCACGCCCAGUAAAGACACUCUGUCUGUAAUCAAUAUGGACACUCGUUCAGGCACCACACUCCUUAGUCCAGACAGGCAUCACCUGUGGAUGUGAAUCCAUACGUGCGUGCCCUCUCUCUGUGGCAAAGCCUUUAAUCAUUGGCCUAAUUUUAGGUAACUUAGUAGAACUCACUCUAUAAAUACAAUAUAGGUGUUUUCAGCAACAGCUCCCCACUCUAAAGACCCUAGAGCAGUGGUCCCCAACAUUUUUGGCACCAGGGGCUGGUUUUGUAGAAGACAAUUUUUCCACGGG